UCAAUCGCAUUAUUAUUUAUUUUCGUAUCGCAUAUCACAUCCGCGCCUUUCGUGAUCUUGUUUUGGCAAAAUUCACCAUUAUUUCUGCCAACGAACACACCAUGGAGCUAUCCGUAUUUACAAGCACAGAGAUGCAUGAGAUAAUGGACGACAUGUGCACUAAAGGAUGGUGCAUCCAUCAGGUCAAAUACUUAUCACAGGUGUUUGAGUACGAUGACGAAACGAUGCGCUAUCUUGCGAAUCUUCCCAGGUCUUCGCAAAGACCCGAAAGCCAUGAAAAGUGUCGCUCCGAGCUGAGCUGCGUGGCGUACAAUGUUGACCUUAAUAAUUACGAGACCCGACAUCAUAUCUCCUGCGAUGGAAGCAACUGCGAAGAUGUCGCGGUGCCUUAUGACAAUCUUGUGCGGCUCAUUCGCGACGGUUGCGUUCCCUUGGUCACUCUUCACAAAAGCGACCAGUCCCGUUUUUCUAUCAAGGUCCACAAGCGGCAGAAAAGGACUUCCUACACGGCAAUCUCUCAUGUUUGGGCCGAUGGUCUUGGCAAUCCUCAUAACAAUUCCUUGCCUAGUUGUCAACUGGAGAAAUUGAUCGAGACUGAGACUCAUUUCUGGAUGGAUACCUUGUGUAUACCUGUCAGACCUGAGGAUGCAGACCUGAGGCAGAAAUCGAUCAACUCGAUGGCGUCCAUAUACGCUGGCGCCCGUACAACUCUUGUACUAGAUUACGAGCUCAUGCAAACGUCACCAGAUACGCCUGAUUGCUUAGCUCGUAUCAUCUGCAGUGUUUGGAUGCGUCGCAGUUGGACUUUACAGGAGGCACUUCUUCCCCCAGAAUGCAAGAUCCAAUUGGGAGACGAAAGAUGCAUUAUCUUCGCAACCAAUAAUUUAUGGUUUGGUGACUCACCGAUGAUGUGGAGCGACACCAAGGAGGCUGUGAAGUUGAUCGUCGAUGGACAGACUUUGUCGCCAAACAAUCUCAGUCCUCGGGUAUGGUCUCAGCUGCAGAGUUAUCUGUGCCGCCAAUUCAUGUCCUCACGGGGUGUUAUGAAAUGGAAAAAUUCUCUGUAUCGUUUCAAGGAAUCGCAUCGACUUAACAAUGUUAAGCACAGGUUCGAACAAAUUUUAGGGUCUGGAUCCCUAUUUUUCGUACCGAGGGCUAAGGAAGACGAACCGAAUUUUCCAACCUCUGAUGUUCUGGAAAAAACAGAGUCCGUGUAUAGCGAGGUCUAUGCGCACACAUUUGUCUGCUUAUGGAACACGUUGGUAGGGCGAUCCACAAGCAUACCUGAAGAUCAAUUAUUCAUCCUUGCCAACACGCUGGACAUGCAGUCCGAAGGCCUGAUAAACCUAAAUUCGGAAGAGCAACUCCAGACCAUCAUUCUCAGCUUACCAAGCAUUCCCCUCUUCCUAUUCUUUUGGCAAGGUCCUAAGCAAAACUCUGCAGAAACUCCCCUCAAUCAUUGGAUACCGAUGCGAAUAGAUAGGCCUAUCAUCAAGCAUGGGCCUACCCUCAGAUUCAUGUCUCUUAUCGACGGCAGGGAGGGCCAUUUCAUGAUGCUUGAGCCAUACCCAUAUACACGGUGCAUUCUCCUCUCGCAUACCCAGCAAUUGAGAGAUAAUGAAUCAAUCCACUUGCGUACUGAUGAAGGCCUCUACACGCUCUGCAUUGAGAAACACUUUACAGAUGCGGAGGAACUCUGCAUAGUGGUGAACUGGAUCGAAAGGGCGAAUACACCUGGACUGGAAGCAGCUAUGUUCCGCGUGCUCAGUCGACGAUCGCAAAAAAUCUAUCUGGGAUACCAUUGUGCAGUCACCAUUGAGGAUGAGACACUGUCACCCAUCAAAGGCCGUAUUACACUGCAGGCAGCUUUUGCAGACCCAGCUACCGAGAUUGUGGUAGAGUACAACAAACCGAAUAUUCCCACUCUUCGACCUCACGGGAUUGAACUUCCUCCACUUAUCACACUUGUUUGGCGUGCCAUGCCUUCCUUUGUGUUCUCCUGGACGUUUGCAAGUGCUCUAUACUUGUUCAUAAGAAUAGUAGAAUUGAAUUGGUGGCAAAGAUGCUUUUUUGUCCUUGUGGACAUAUGGUUUGUCCUGUCUCCCAUCUAUGCGCUACCGCUCAAUGUCCAAUGCGCUGAAUAUUUGAGUCACAUUGAGAAACGCCGGUGGAGAUAUGUGGAGUCGUUUUUACCGUCACCCAGAUCUUGA